AUGGCGCUUCAUUCUUCAACUCUAAUAUUAUUAUUGAUCAGUAUUUUUAUAUCUCACAUAUAUUCAUUUUGUCUGCGAGGAGCACUUGUAUCCGAAACAACGAAAUUUGGUAAUGUUAAUAAAUACUGUGAAUAUAAUAAAAUCAAAGUAUUACCUGGUGCUUCAUUUAAAUUAGCUGCACCGGAUUGUGUUGAGUGUAAAUGUUCAACACAAGGUUUAGAUUGUUGUGGUUAUGGUUUUGCAGCAGGCACAGUUGGAGCACCUGAAGGAUGUGUAGCUUACAAUGAUGCAUGUAAUUUGGUCCUUGUUAAAAAAGAUAAUGCAUCUGAAUUAUGUUUUCCAUCAAAGCCUGCCAAUAAAGGCAAGAAAAAUACGAAAGAUACAAAAAAUGCGAAAGAUGCAAAAAGUAAGAAAACUGCCAGUUAA